UAUUUCUCUCUUUCCUUUUGACAUCUUUUUUUUUUUUUUUUUUGUUCUGUCUUGUUGCAAGUGCUUCACUCCUUCACACUGCACAUAAUGUCGGAUCCAUCGGCAAUGCUCAAGUCGAUGCUCAACCUGGGCGGCAACAGUGCUCCUCAGCCGCAGCAACAGCAUCCACCGCAGCAAUAUGAUCACCAGCAUCAUCACCAGCAUCACCACCAGCAUCAGGGUCAGUACGAUCAGCAGCAUCAGCAGCAUCAGCACCCGUUCGCUCUUCAACAGCAGCAGCAGCAGUACUACGGCCAGAUGCCCCUCCAGCAGCAGCCGCACCACCCCUUCGCUGCGUUCACGCCUCACAAUCAGCCCUUGCAACCCAUGCAACCCAUGCAACCCAUGCAGCAGCAUCAGCAGUUCCAGCAGCAGUUCCACCAGCAGCAGCAGCAGCAACAGCAACCAGCCGCGCUGCUGAGCCCAACCCACUUUGGCGUCAACUCUGCCUCAGCGACCACCACCACCAACAGCAACACCCAAGAAGCGAACGCAUACGAGUCGACGUUCCCCGCACCCGCAGCAGCAGCAGCCGCAGCAGCCGAGCAGCAGUCGAAUCCGCUUCGGAACUUCUUCCCGCCACCGCCUGCCGCCCAUGCACCACAGCCAUCAUCAUCAUCCUCAGCCGCAGCAACGUCACCUGCUGCACUCGCUGUAGUGUCACCGCCGCCGAUUGGGUCCCCCGUCGCUGCAUCCAGCCUGUCAUCAUCAUCGACGCUGGCCGCUGCUGCUGCUGCACCCGCGCAGUCCUUCCUGAAUGCCCCUGCAAUCACAAGCGUGGUGCAUGGCCAGGCGACAGGUGCUUCGGACGGCGGCGAGACGGACGUUGAGCAGGACGCUUGGAUUCUGCCUGCCGAGCUGGGACCAGCGAUCGCCAUUGACCGCGCGCAGUUUGGCUCGCGUGCUGCGAUGAUACAAGCCAGCAACAAGAUCAAGGCAGAGACAGUGACAUUCUAUCCCUCCGAACUCACGUUCAGCACGGGCCACUUGGUUGCUGCAAACGAGGAAUUCAUGGCCGUAUGCGUUGAAGAUGAAGGCGCCUCAAAGCGCUGCUGCGGCUGCUCCCUGCGGCUGGAACGCAAGUAGGCACGGUUCGCGUGCUGCACAUUGCCACGGGUAAAGGUGCGCUCGUUCGAGGACACACGGCGGCGGCCAUUCUGGACAUGGCGUUUGCCUCGUCCGGUUCGGCUGCGUCUGGCCUGCCCGAUCUCGAAUCGUCCGGCCGUCGUCACGUGCUGGCGAGCAUCGAUCGCGAUGGCACCGUGGUUGUGAGCCGCAUCUCGUUCGCGGCGGAUGGAAAUCUUGUCGUCACAUCCAUCCUCCAUGUUCCGACCGACAAUGUCAUCAAGUCCUUCCCGCGUCAUCGUCUCGCGUGGAGCCCUGCCUCCAUCGCGCAUCCGGGCCUGUGCUUGGUCGUGGCCUACGGCUCUUUGUGCACCCUGUGGAAGGUCGACGACAUUCUCGCUGCCAACAACGGCAACCCUGUUCAGGCGACACGUGCCCAACUCCAGCCUAACUGGGUCACCUUUAUUCGUUCCGAUCAGAAGCAACAGCUCAUCAACGACCUCGCAUUCUCUGCGGAUGGCACAGUCUUGCUUACGUGCGGUGGAGAAUCUGUUCAGUUCUGGAGAACGGAAACGGGACAGCUUCUUCACGAUUGGGCGCCGCACGGCAAACAAACAGUCUUGUCAGUGUUGCCGAUGGGAAACGGCACAAACAGCGUCGACCAGCUCGCGCAUACGCAGGCACAGAUGAUGCCGCUGCUUGUCACGGCAUCCUCGCUCAACCACGAGAUCAAGCUGUGGCGCUCGAGGGAUUUGCAGCUGCUCCAGACGCUUCGGUUUGACUCGCCACCCGCGACGACCACGGGCGUUCCCCUGGGCCUCCAACUAGCACUCGAUCCGACUUUCUGCUUUGUGUCGACCGGUCUCCUGCUGGUUGCAGACCAGCAUCGCAAGUCUCUGUACGCCCUGGGCCUCGCUGCAACCGGCUCGCACGGGUCUCCCGCUCUGAGCUAUCGAUUCUCCACGCUGACCGAAUUCCACCUCACUGACGCUCUGAUUAGCUUUAUCGUCGCGCGCUCUGCUGUCACGUUUGACGUGACAUCACCGCAAGAGAUGAACGUUCAUUUCGAUUUCCAGUUGAUUGUCAAGGAUCCAAAGGUCAUCCAGCAGCUGGCUGUCCGCUACCGACCGGUCUCGCGACCCCAUGCGACCGCCAUCCGCGCAUUAAAGGCGAGUGCUCCGCUCCCGUCAUCCGCUGCGCCUGUGCAACAUCCGCCCGCGUCCACCACGCCUCCGUCUCUGGAGCACUCGGCUGCGCCCUCGCCUGUCGCUGCUGCUGCUACGGCUUCUGGUGCUGCUGGGCCUACUGCUGCCGUUUCAGCGCCUCACAACGUUGGCGGUGAUGGAAAACUGCCUGCAUGGCUCACAACGAGCUCGGGUGCGACCGCCAGCUCCAGCUUGCCUGCUUCUCUGACAGACUCGACCGAGCGCGGCUUGAACUUGUCUGGCGCCAACACUGUCCGACCAACUCGGCAACCGAAUGGGGCCGGCACUGGCAAGGGUUUUGCCACCGGCUCUGCUGUGGCCGCCCCUGUGUCUGAGGCGCUGUUGCAUCAGAUGCGUGAUGAGAUUCAUCAGUCGCAAGAGCACACGCUCAAUCUUGUGCAACAGCUGAUUGCUCAACAGCAAAAGCAAGCUGAAAAAGACCGAGAAGACGCCGCCCAGCUGGCUGCCCAGACGACCAUCCGCGCUAUCAGCAGCGAGUUCCAGAAACUCAUUGUGCCUUUGGUGCAGCAAACAGUCAGUGCAUCAGUGAAGCAAACGGUGACUGAACUCGUCCCGAGCAUCGCUGCACAAGCUGCCAAUCUGGUCGCGGAAUCUGCUACAACCACUGCCUUGGCCAACAAGCCGCUGGCCGAAAAUGUCGCCAAACUGAUUGCGAGCUCGCUGCGCAACCCCAUUCAGGAGGCCUUCCGCUCAACAUUCCAGCAGAACGUCAUCCCAGCGUUGGAUCGAGCCCUGCAGCAGACCAUGCAGCAAGUGAACGCCACGUUUGAUCAGGGCACACGGGAUUACCUCCAGCAACUGUAUGCUCUGGACGGCGCCAAAACUGGAGCCGCUCUCAACAGCCAACAGCUCCAAGCAUUCGCAGUCUCGAUUCAGCAGUCAGUCCAGCAGGCGUCAGCAGAGUGCCAGAGAUCAACUACUGCCGCGGUCGAUGUGUCUCUGGCGCGCGUCCAAAAGGACUUGCGAGAGAUUGUCGUAUCGCGCAAGUCGGAUCGCAAGGAGCGGAGCGAUCGGUCGUCUUCCUCGGCGAAUCAGAGCUCGGCCGCCCUUUCAGCGUCAUCAUUGGACGGUGCGGCCGCUAGUGCUAUGCAGCAGCAGGGUGCCACUCCGUUGCCCGCCUCUGCCUCUGCUACUGCGCUUGCGCCUGCGCCUGCGGCGACGAGUGACAAGGAGCGACUCUGGCAGCACAUUGCAGAAUUGGUUGCUGCUCAAGAGUUUGACAAGGCCUUCUCUGAAGCUCUCGGCGCGACAGACCUUGCAGUGCUAAUGCGCCUGUGCUCGGGCAUUCCGGUUGCCACCAUUUUUGGUCAGUCCCCCGUGCCUCUGUCGCCCGCCAUCCUGCUGUCGCUGGUUCAGCAGCUUUCGUUCGAUUUGUCUCGGGACAUCGAGACCAAGAUUUCCUACCUGCAACCGGCUGUUCUGGCUCUUGACUCGUCUAACUCGAUGGUGCAGCGACAUGCCCCUGUCGUGCUCAAGUCUGCCAACCGCAAGCUGAAAGAGUGGCUGGUCCUUCCUCAGUCCGCAACGUCGUCGCUAUCUGCCAGCAUCAAAUUGAUGGUCAUGCUCAUCGAGAGGCUGCUCGAACGCUGCGAAGCGCCCGGCGCUGAAGGCAACGCGCGCCCUCUCUAAAUUACGCGCGAUCGUGUGUUUCUAUGUGUUUGUGUGGAGCCCUUUUAUCCUCGGCUUGUUCGUUCUUGAGCCAAAUGCAUCGUCGUCGUUGUUUCCUAGCUACUCGCCAC